UCUGUUCAUUCGCGCUGCUUUGUAGUCUUGUAAUGAAGUGGACAGUAAAACACACCUUGUCUUAUAGGUCAUCGCUGAGGUUUGGUUUACGCCGUAAGGGCAAGAGGGAUCUCUCAUCUGAAGCUCCUGGGAACUCCCGUUUCUUCCUGGAUGGCUGAGGGCUUCUUCAUGGAGGUGUGUGUUGACUCUGUGGAGUCUGCUGUCAAUGCGGAGCAAGGAGGUGCAUGUCGACUUGAACUCUGCUGCAGUCUGUCAGAGGGAGGCCUCACCCCCAGUAUAGGUCUUCUGCAGGUGGUGAAGCAGCGUGUCAAAAUUCCGGUCUACGCGAUGAUCCGUCCACGGGGCGGCGACUUCCUGUACUCGGAGCAGGAGGCGGACGUGAUGAAGAGGGACGUAGCGGCGAUGAAAAGCCACGGGGCGGAUGGACUCGUGCUGGGGGCCUUGACGGAGGACGGACGGGUGGACACCGAGCUCUGCACCACAUUGCUUGCUGCAGCUCAUCCUUUGCCUGUCACCUUCCACCGAGGUAACCUUCGUCUUUUCGAGACUUCAAGCGGCGUUCGUUUUUUUACCUUUUUUACUCAAGCCUUCGACAUGGUUCAGGACCCCGCGGCUGCUCUGGAGACUUUGGUGUCACUUGGGAUUCGGCGUUUGUUGACCAGUGGUUGUGACAACUCUGCAUUGGAGGGACUCCCUCUCAUCAAAUGUCUGGUCGAGCAAGCUAAAGGCAGGAUUACUAUCAUGCCAGGAGGUGGGAUCACAGAGAGGAACCUUCAGAGAAUUCUGGAAGGAUCUGGUGCUCACGAGUUCCACUGCUCUGCACGCUCUGGUCGAGACUCAGCCAUGAAGUUCAGGAAUAACCGCGUGACCAUGGGAGCCACGUUCUCAGCACCUGAAUACAACCUGAAGGUGGCAGAUGUCCUCAAAGUCCAAACACUCAAUGCCAUUGCUAGGAACAUUUUGUGAAGAGAACUUAGUUGACAGUCAUCACUGAAGUCAUAUGAGGCUCACCUCUGGAAGGACCAUCGGUAACUGUACUAAUGUGUUGACUGCAUGUGGUUUCAUAAAGUCCCGUUGGAAG